UUGAAGUAUGUCUUUGAUUUUAUUCUUCUACUUUAUGGUUCUGUCAGAAGCCUGUAUGAGAACUGUCCCGCCGGAAGACGUGUACAUUUCCAUUACAUUGCCUUACGAAGACUUUACCACAGAAAGUAAUGAAAUUGCCGUCACAACUGAUUCAUCGACUGUUCCCCAACUAGUCACAGAAACCACUGAAAUACCAACUGCAACUACCACGCCGGUUGGUGUCUAUGUAACAGGAGCGCCUCCAUCGGGACCAAUAUGUUUUAAUUGUUAGUUCGUUUUGAACAACUUUUUUAGGGAUGGAGCUCAAAAACUGAACUCCAUUGGAAAAUUUCAAAAAUUUUAAAUACAAAAUAAUUGAGAGAAUAAAUUACACAUCCAACAAAA